GUCCCUAGUGUUCCGACUCCCGAGUCUGAACGGCUCGAGAUAGAUAGAAGGCUUGAUCGUACAGUCUUUCGAAAGUUUAUUUCGAGUGUUAUGUGCCAUAAUAGCGUAACAAAAAUUGUGUAGAACCAUGUUUAUAUUGGGUUCUCACUAUUAUGAGCCAAAGUUUUUAAGCCCGUUCGCUUAUCGUCUGCGUGUGCUGUAGCAUAUCCAUGUUCUUCGAGCAGACGUUCUUGCUCGACUAGCUCUGGUAGGUCGUGUCAAUGGCGUCAGUCAACAACACAAGGAUUUCCUUGCCGAAUUCAACAGCGGAACAAAUUCGAAAAGCCAGGAAGAGACAGCCAUCUGUUCUAAACGGAAUCACCAGCUCGUAUGAAGACAUGAACAACGAUUUCUUGUGCCCAAUAUGCUUCGAUAUAAUUGAAGAAGCACACAUGACACCGUGUGGACACACUUUUUGCUUCAAGUGCAUCACAACUGGCCUGGAAUACAGUAACCGUUGUCCAAAAUGCAAUUUCGUGAUUGAAAAGAAGGAGCAAAUCUAUCCGAACUUUCUGUUGAAUGAGCUUAUUACGAAGUAUAAGCAAAAGGCUGCUGACAAGAAACUGAAGUUGGAGGGCGAGUCUGACAACAUGAACUUGAAUGAUGUCUGCAAUAUGCUGGACGUUCUUUCGCAGAAGAAGCAUCAGUUGGAGGCUGACCAGUGCACAGAGUAG